AGCACGCACCCAGGAAUCACAUAGCCGACGCAAAAUGAAAACUUCAGUAGCAUAUUUAUUUGCCGUGCUCAGCUUUCUCGGCCGGAGCGCCGCCUUUCAAGUGACUCCUAUCGGACUUCAGAAUACGGGAGUUCGCUAUCGAACGAUCUUUUACAGUACGACACCAGAGCAAACCAGCGAGAUUUCGAACGUGGAGAAGUUCUUGCAGUCGAAGUAUCCAGAAUUUUUGGCUUUGAUAGGCAAAAAUUCCCAGGUCAUGAAGACGUUACGGGAAUCGAACACGGAAGGAUACACGCUGUUUGCUCCUAACACCGAAGCCUUUGCGAAUCUUGGUGACAAGAAACGUGCACAGCUCCAAGAUCCGAGAAAUCUCGAAACGGCCGAAAAGAUGGGGGCCUACCACGUCGUCGCCAGCGAACCCCUGACGGCGACCCGGCUAUUUCGCGAGAACUGGACCGUUCCCAAACAGGAUGGCAAGCCGGUGUUGGCGAUUGGUGGUGUCAAGAGUCUGGGUGGUGAUGUCCCCGUUGGUCGCACCAAGUCGGGAGGGCUUUUGGGAUGGGGAGCCAAGGAAGAUGGCGGUGUAACGGUCGGCCCCGACGCAAAAAUUGUCCAAUCUUGGAACGUUGGAAACUGCAUCGUGCACGAGGUGGACGCCCUAGUCUCACCCGUCAUACUGUGGAGAUACUGCGAUCAGCUCCGGAUUCCGGGGUUUUAAUCGAUUUGGCAUGAGGCGUUCAACCCAACUGAAAAGGAUCCCAAAAGCGUCAUAAUCAUAGGUAGCACCAAUCGGUUCUGCAGCUAAAAGCUAAAUUUGCUAAGGAUGCACGCAAACACACAGAGAUAAUAACUAUUUUAAGGGAGUUUU